CUCGAGCGAGGUGUUGAAGCCAUGAUCUUUCUCGGCGAUCAUUGUAGAGCAGCAAUAUAUGCCUCCUCUUCCGCAUGUAGUGGCGACUACCAUCACGACCUCGAGCCGCCCAGACGUCGAGCGACAAGCCAUAGUUGUGCCAAACCCUCGUCGGGUUUCAGAUAGCUAGGACCCCUUCUCCAUGAUGGCCAGCUCGAUCAAAGAUGCGUGCACUAUCGACACGGAAUCUUAUCCGUACAUCUAUGAGCAGAACGUAGCGAUACCCAUCAAGAUUGAUGGGCAGCACACUGGACAGCCGCAAGACAUUGUACGCUGCAACGUGUAUAGGCCCAAAGGCCCAGAGAAGACUACCUAUCCUGUACUGUUGACUUAUGGACCAUAUGGAAAGGAUGUCCCGUACGAAGUGUUUCAUCCAGCUUCAUUCGCUGAGGUUGAUCCGGGACAGAAGUCGGAGCACUCUUGUUGGGAGACGCCGGAUCCGCUCUACUGGACUUCUCACGGAUAUGCCGUUGUACGUGCGGAUGAGCGUGGGACGGGGCAGUCUCCUGGUGUCCUGGAUACGAUGUCCCGAGCAACUAGUGAAGUCUUCUUUGAUGUCGUGGAAUGGGCAGCUGUCCAGCCUUGGUCGUCUGGAAAAACUGCCUUGCUUGGAGUAAGCUACUACGCCGGAAGCCAGUGGAGAGUCGCUGCGCGCCGACCAAAGGGACUUACUGCAAUAGUGCCGUGGGAGGGGAUGUCGGAUUACUAUCGCGAUCGUUGUCGCCAGGGCGGCAUAUUCGAAAACGGCUUCAUCUUCUUCUGGUGGAACAGGCAAGUCGUAAGCAACCAGUACGGUAUCCCAAACGGCAAAUGGAAGAUUGAGCCGGUCGAUGGCCCAAUAUCGGACGAACGGCGUGCCGAGCUUCGCAACGAUCAGGUUGUUGAUAACGCGUCGAACAAGUUCCGCGACGAUCAAUACUACUCAUCAAAAGAAUAUGCGCUUGAAGACAUCGAGGUCCCGGUACUGUCAGUUGCCAACUGGGGCGGCAUUACAGUCCACCUGCGCGGAAACGUCGAGGGCUACACGCACGCCGGCAGUAAACUCAAGUAUCUACGUUUCAUUACUGGAAGACAUGAUCUUCCAUUCUUUUACCCUGAGGAGGUGGAAAUCCAACGCAGCUUUCUCGAUGCAUUCUUGAGAAAUGACGACAGAGAAGGAUGGUCCAUACCCGGCAAAGUCCCUGCCGUUGACCUCCUACUGCGCAAAGGCAAUAUAGGUGUGAACAAAACUGAAACCGAGCGCUUCGCAUUCAAGCGGCGUCACGAGAAUGAGUGGCCGAUUGCACGAACGAAGUAUACACCUUUCUACAUGACACCAAACCUUGAGCUGGGAAUGCAGAAACCAGACCUAACCACACCCGCCACUCUACGGUAUCAAGCCUUAGGUUCGGAAGGCAAUGCGCAAAGCUUCAAGUUCAUGACAGCGCCUUUCAAGCAGGAAACUGAGAUCACUGGACACGUUGUGGCACAUAUCAAUGUGUCGUUGGAAGCGACCGCUGACAACAAGAACCCAUCUGAUAUCGACAUCUUCGCUACCCUGCGCCACAUAGCGCCAGACGGUGCCGAAGUCCUCUACACCGGAAGCGCUGGCGACCCCGUUCCGUUAUGCAAUGGCUGGUUGCGGGUGAGCCUGCGUAAAGUGAACGAAUCUCAUCCCCGCCAUCGCGCCUGGCUUCCUCAACGUGAUUACCUGCGCUCCGAUGCCCAACCGGUCCGUCCUGGGGAAGUCUACGGCGUGGAUGUCGAGCUGUGGCCGACGAACGUAGUCGUUGAGGAAGGUGGCCGUCUUGCUUUGGAAAUCGGAUCUGGCGAUCUGAAGAAUGCUGGGCUCUUCAAGCAUGAUCACCCAGAGGACAGACCAGUAUCGACCUUUGGCGGUGCGAACCACAUCCAUUUUGGCCCAAGUGUGGAGAACUACGUGACUUUGCCAAUCAUCCCACCUCGAGAGGGCUGAGGUCUGGAAAAACAGUCUUGUAUGAUUGCAUGUAGGCCGGCGAACUUAAGGACUUUGUGGCAGUACCGCAUAUGCCUCAGGGGCGACCCGGGCAACGUGCAGCAUUGUAGGGCCCAAAGGGCGGGCAAGGCGUGGUAUGCCAACAUCAGAGCUGGACGAGUGUGGACAGGU